AUGGACAUAGCUACUAAGGAGGCCGCACGGAAACUCUUUGCCCACACACGGGAUGACUUCGUCGUUUAUAUCCAAAACCUGUCCACGGGGGAUCCCUCAGGUCAGGACGUCACUACAAUCCAGAGUGAGCUGCAUCGUAUAGCCCACACCCUUUCAACAUGGAACGAGCUCCAUGAUUCUCACGAGGCCACUUGCGUAUGUUUUGUGAACCGGUGCUCCAAUUUCGCAGAUGUUCUUAGACAGGUUGCUGAUUUGGUUACUAUUCAAGAUGAGCAGUUCCCCGUCGUUACGAUGAAGAUGUUCAAUAUGCUGGCCAUGCAAAUCGGACGACUUACUCUAGAUGGCCAUCACGGAGUGGAUGAGUAUGCCAUGGCAUUCGAUCGCAUGGCAAAGGAAGAAGAUCGUAGAUGGCAAAUUGGAUCCCAGGGACAAGAUGAUGGCAGGGCGAAUCUCCUUUUCACCUUGUGGACUCAUAUGAAUCGGAUAUCAGAGCCUGGUCCCGAAUGUACUUUCGAGUGUCUGCGUGCCCAUGCGGCCAAUCCCUGA